AUGGACAGAUUGAGGGGAGAGCCCUCGUAUCGACCAUGCAUGAUGUUGAAAGAUAUUCACAGAGAUUAUGGGGUCGAGCUUAAUUACAACAAGGUUUGGAAAGGGAAGGAAUUGUCAAUGCAUGACAUUCAUGGUGUAGAGGAGAGGGCGCCAUUGGUUUUCUUGGAUGGCACUCACAUAAAGAAUAAAUACAAGGGAUGUAUUUUGGUUGUUGUGGCAAAGGAUGCUAAUGAUGAUCUUUUCAUAUUAGCAUACUCAGUUAUAGAUGCUGAAAAUGAUGAUAAUUGGGGAUGGUUUUGUUUCCAACUUAAAAGUGCUCUGCUUUCACAUCGCUUUAUUGGGUUCCAUGAGUUUACCUUUUUCUCUGACAGACAUCCUGGGAUAAUCAAAGCUAUUCAGUUAGUAUUCCCAGGCAGUCAUCAUGCCUACUGUUUAAGGCAUUUGGUAGAUAAUUUCGUGAAACAGGUCAUGCAAAGCUACCCACUUCAUAACAAAAAAUAUUGGUCAUCUAUUUUCAAGAAAGUUGCAUAUGCCCUAUCGAGACAAGAGUUUCAAGAACAUAUUAACAAUAUAAUACGGUCAAUGCCACUUGCUAAAGACUUCAUAGUAUCUUCGUGUCCAGAAAGUUGGGCAAAUGCAUGUUUUCUAGGAAAUCAGUGGGGUGUCAUGAAUAAUAACAUAGUCGAAUCUUGGAAUAAUUGGGUUAAAACAGCACGGUUUCUUCCUAUUGUGCCCAUGGUGGACCAUAUACGCAUUCAAAUUAUGGACAUGAUGCACAGACGACGUGAAGCAACAAUGGGGAUGGUUAAAAGAUUGAGUCCAUCAAAGGAGAAUGCUCUUGCAAAAACAUACGCUGAAUUCAGCAUGGCAGAGUUGUAUCGUGAAAGCUACAGAGGAAUCUUAAAUCCAAUCCCUACAUGUUACAUGUAUGAGUCCAAUCCUGAGCACCCAUUUGUAAUCAAUGCUCCUGAUGUUCGAAGCCAACCAAGCAGAAGAAGAACUCAAAGGGAAAAGGGGGAUGAUAGAACAAAGAAGAAGCAAGGAUGCAUCGACAAGAAGGUGUACUCGAUCUAG